GAGCCUUAUACCCAGAUGGAACAUCUGGCAGGAACAAGGAUGAUGACAUGGUUCCUCCUGGCAAAAACUAUACCUAUGUCUGGCCAGUGAGAGAGGAAUAUGCACCUGCUCCUGCAGAUGCCAACUGCCUGACCUGGGUGUACCAUUCACACAUUGAUGCCCCUAAGGAUAUCUGCUCUGGGCUAAUUGGACCCCUGCUGGUGUGUAAGGAAGGUAUGCUGAACAGAUAUUCAGGGACAAGGACUGAUGUGGAUAGAGAGUUCAUUAUAAUGUUUACUCUCGUGGAUGAGAAUCAAAGCUGGUACCUUGAUGAAAAUAUCAGACAUUUCUGCACUGACCCAGAUUCAGUAGACAAAGAUGAUGCUGUAUUUCAGAGAAGCAACAAAAUGCAUGCCCUCAAUGGAUUCCUUUUUGGAAACUUUCCUGAGCCUGAAAUGUGUGUUGGUGAAUCUGUGUCCUGGCAUCUGUUUGGAAUGGGGAAUGAGAUUGACAUCCAUUCCAUCUAUUUUUAUGGUAACACCUUCAUCAGCAGAGGGCAUCGGACUGAUGUUGUCAACCUGUUCCCAGCUACCUUCCUCACGGCAGAAAUGAUAGUUGAGAAUUCUGGGAAAUGGAUGAUAACCUGUCAAGUCAGUGACCAUCUUCAAGCUGGCAUGCUGGGGCAAUACAAUGUUGGUAACUGCAAAAGUGACAUUCUUCACCCCAAGAUGAAUGGGCAGCAGAGGCGCUACUUUAUAGCAGCUGAAAAAAUUCUUUGGGAUUAUGGUCCUCUAGGUUAUGAUAAAUUCAGCGGUCUUCCCCUAAAUGCCUCUCGCAGUGAUGCUGCAGUCUACUUCACACAAGGGGAAAACAGAAUAGGAGGACAAUAUUGGAAAGCUCAGUUUGUGGAGUAUGUUGAUGCAACUUUUACUCGAAGAAAGAGACCCUCUGGGACAGAAGUCCAUCUUGGAAUUCUUGGUCCAGUUAUCAAGGCAGAGGUGGGUGAUACCCUGCUGGUGACCUUUGCCAACAAAGCUGACAAAGUCUACAGCAUUUUGCCCCAUGGUGUGCUCUAUGAUAAAGCAUCUGAUGCAGCCCCAAAUAUAGAUGGAUUUCUGAAACCAGGGGCACAUGUUAAGCCAGGUGAAACCUUCACAUACAGGUGGACAGUACCUGAAAGUGUCAGCCCGACAGAUGAUGAUCCCUCUUGCUUGACCUACCUUUACUUCUCAGCAGUUAAGGCAAUCGAGGACACCAGUGCUGGCCUUGUAGGACCUUUGCUAGUCUGUAAAAAGGGUGUUCUCAAUGCUGAUGGGACACAGAAAGGAAUAGACAAGGAAUUUUACCUAUUGUUCACAGUCUUUGAUGAGAAUCUGAGUGGGUAUUUUGAUGAAAACAUUCAGAAGUUUACUUGGCGUCCCUCCAGUGUCGACAAGGAAGAGAAAAAGUUCAUGAAAUCCAACAGAAUGCAUGCUGUCAAUGGCUAUAUGUAUGGCAACCAGCCAGGCCUGAGCAUGUGCAAAAAUGACAGGGUUUCUUGGCAUUUGAUUGGAAUGGGCACUGACACCGACAUGCAUGGAGUUUAUUUUCAAGGAAACACCAUCCACCUCCGGGGGACUCAUCGUGAUUCCCUGGCUCUGUUUCCCCACAUGUCUAUAACAGCAUUCAUGCAGCCAGAUCAUGCAGGUAUUUUCAAGGUGUUCUGUUCCACCUUGCACCACUUCGCAAGAGGCAUGAGUCAGAUAUAUGAGGUCAACAGCUGUGGCAACAAGGACCCUUCUGAGCCGCCGUACGGGAUGCUAAGAACCUUUUACAUCGCCGCUGAAGAGGUAGAAUGGGAUUAUGCCCCUAACAAAAACUGGGAGUUCGAAAAGCAGCACUUGGACGCAGGAGGGGAAAGACAUGAAGAUAUAUUUAUGAAUCACAUUGAAAACUAGAUUGGCUCUCAGUACAAGAAGGUGGUUUACAGGGAAUACACCAAUGGAAAAUUUGUGGAGAUCAAAGCCCAACCACCUCAAGAGGAACACUUAGAAUUUCUGGGCCCAAUGAUUCAUGCUGAGGUGGGUGACUCCAUCCUGAUCAUAUUUAAGAAUAAAGCCAGCCGGCCGUAUUCCAUCUCAGCCCAGGGUGUGGAGGACAUGGAUAGCGGGAAGCGACUCCAAGUUCCUGUUACAAAGCCAGGAGAAAUAAAAACUUACAGAUGGAAUGUCCCUAAAAGAUCAGGUCCAGGGCCCUCUGAUCCUAAUUGUAUUCCAUGGGUUUACUAUUCAACAGUAAACUUUGUGAAGGAUACAUAUAGUGGUUUGAUGGGUCCUCUGAUUACAUGCCGAGAAGGAGUAUUGAAUGAAAAGGGAAGAAGAAGUGAUGUUGACUAUGAAUUUGCUCUUUUGUUUUUGGUAUUUAAUGAGAAUGAAUCCUGGUAUCUGGAUGAUAAUAUUAAGAAGUAUCUCAAUAAAGAUCCACGAGAUUUUAAACACACUGAUGAUUUUGAAGAGAGCAACAAAAUGCAUGCUAUUAAUGGGAAGAUUUUUGGAAAUCUCCAUGGCCUCAUAAUGAAUGAAGAUACAAUGACAAACUGGUAUUUGUUAGGAAUAGGAAGUGAAGUAGAUAUACAUACCAUCCAUUACCACGCUGAGAGCUUUCUUUUCAAAGCAAGACACAAACUCUGUGAGUCUGGUUCAUCAUUUAUUCUCCUAUUUAAAGAAUGUGUUGGAUUGUUUCUAAGGUUGGUUACUACAAAUAAAGCCAUUGUGAACAUUUGUACACGUUUUUAUGUGAAUAUAGCUUUCAUUUCCCUUGAGAAAAUCUGUAGGAGCAAAACUGAUAAGCCCUGU